GCCCUCAGCCACAAGCUGGGAACUGAGAGCACCUGAGUGGCAGCUGGCGUGCGGGGACACCUCCAGACCAUAUCCCCAAGCCACUUAGAGAGGUGGCAGGAGGACAGGACCACCACACCCCCAGCUCCUCCUCGUCUGCUAUGAGGCUGACCCACAGCCGUUGAGCAGGAUGGAAGGGCUCUGCCUGCUCUUGGUGGCUGUCUCCACUGCAGCGCCUGGACAAGUCCCUACAGAGCCAACAGCACCUCCCAGCACCCCAGUUGAGAAUACCUCGGUGAUACCAGGUCCUGUCAUGCUGCGGCUGGCUGGUGGCCGGAGCCGGUGUGAAGGUCGGGUGGAAAUGGAGCAAGCAGGUGCUUGGGGCACAGUGUGCGACGACGCCUGGGACUUGGCCGAUGCCGAUGUCGUGUGCCGGCAGCUUCGGUGUGGCCGAGCCGUGCGCGUCCAUGGUGAUGCCACCUUCGGCAGGGGCACCGGCCCCAUCCUCCGGGAUGAGGUGGCCUGUGAGGGGCAGGAGGAGCAUCUCUGGGAUUGUCCUGCUGCAGUGGAUCACGACUGCACCCACAAGGAAGACGCAGGCGUUGUGUGCUCAGAGCACCAGGAGUGGCGGCUCUCUGGGGGCCAGGAUGGCUGCGCUGGCCGGGUCGAGGUCUUCUUCCGUGGCAUGUGGAGCACGGUGUGUGACAGCACGUGGUAUGAGGUGGAGAGGAGUGUGCUGUGCCGGACGCUGGGCUGUGGGGAACCCCUCCAGAGGCUCUUCUUCGACCACACGCUGCCUGGCAGGAUGGUCUAUGAGUGUGAGAGCCACCAGCCAUCGCUGGCCCAUUGCCAGUGGACCUACAACAAAUCAGCUCCUUGCCACCAGUCCCGGGCAGCCGGCGUGGUCUGCAAUGGCUCCCAAGGCUUGCAGAUGCCAACCGCAAUGGCCAUGGUGACACCAAACAACAUCACUCUCCUGCACGCUGAGGAGGGGUCCCCAGCCGCGGUGGCACAGUCCUCUCUGCACACGCUCCUCUUCAUCCUCUGCCUGGUCCUGGCAGCGCUGCUCCUGCUCACUGUGCUCGCCUUCACCACUGCCCUGCUGAGGGUGAGGAAGAUGAGUGGUAAGGAGCUCCUCUGGGGCGCAGCAGGCUCUGGCCAUAGAGAGGGGACUUCCAACCCAGCCGAGACCAUCCCUGGUCUUGGACAAUCCCAGAGAGCUCUGGAUUGGCUGAGUUGUGGAGCAGGGCUGGCUGCUCCAUGGAGUGCUUGCACCCGUGUUGUCCCCACAGCCCAUUCUGUGUCCUCCCUUGGGCUAGCUGGGCCGGUGUUCGUGACCCACAGUGCCCAGAGCCCUGAUAUGCCUUCUGGAAACUCCAAUGACUACAGGGAGAUGCCUUCCAGCCUUCCCAAAGAACCAAGUAGGUCUGAUCCACCAGUCACCGCUCUUCCCGCUGCCAAGGAAUCAGAUCCCGACUCUGACUAUGAACACUACGACUUCAGCAGAGAGCCACCCAUGGCCCUCUCCACCUUCUACAACUCGCUGCGCCGGCAGCCCGGGGAGCAGCUGCGCCCGCUGAUGCCCAGCAAGGAUGGGAUGGAGCCAUUCGCUAUGGACGCAUCGGCCAGGUUGGGCCCUGUGUCCCACAGCAGGGCCAGCAGCUCCUCCACCUCCUCCUUCUCCUCCUCCGAGCCCUAUUGCAAUGGCAGCGCACCCGCCCCAUGCGCCUGGGUCUGCCCACAGCCCCCCACCGGGGGCACCCACCAACCUGCAGAACCCACCACCCACGGCUACGUCGACCGCCCCGGCACAGCGAUGCCCCACGUGCCCGCCCCAGCACUCUCCCACCCCGGAGUCCCUGUGUCUCCAGCAGACCCUGCCGACACCUCCAGCACCUCCUCGGGGGAGUGGUAUGAGAACGUGCAGGGCAUGGAGCUGCCCGGGGACUCAUCCUUGCACCCUGGGUGGCCAACUCCAUCCUUGGGCGGAUGCACGCAGGACCCAGACUCCUCUGAAGGCAGCGACUACGAUGACAUCCAAGCCCCAGAUGGAAAACCUGCUGUGAAGGGAAGGAAAGUCCCUAACACUUGUGCUUUCCCUGCAGAGCCCAGCCUGAGGCUCAUCGGUGGCAGCUGCCGCUGCGCCGGGAUGCUGGAGGUGAUGUGGGACAACAAGUGGAGCCGUGUGUGCUGGGGCAGCGUGGGCAGAGCCAGUGCGGAGAGCAUCUGCCAGGGGCUGGGUUGUGGCCCCACCAUCACCGAGCCCCUCUGGUUCAGCUCCACCGGUGAGAAGGAGCCACGCACACAGUCGCUGAGGUGCCUGCCGCUGCCGGCCAACCUGGUGGGAUGCCACUGGCUGCCGGCAAACUGCACCGAACAUGUUAUCCUUGCCUGCCAUGAGCUGGUGAAAACUACCCCUGAGCCUCCGUUGCCACUGCCGGUCACCACACCGGAGCCCCCUGGACCCCCCAGGCUGCUGCUGGUGGAUGGGGACUUGGUCUGCUCAGGCUUCGUCGAGCUGCACAUGGAGGGGCUGUGGGGAGCCGUGGCGAGCAGCCCGGGCAUCCGGCCAGAGCUGGCCACCCGCAUCUGCCGGGCUCUGCACUGCGGCAUCGCCAUCGACGGCCACGGCCACGCCAAGCUGGAGGGGGAAAGCUACCUGCCAGUGCGGUGGGAGGUGGUGGAGCCCUGUGAGAGCCGCCCGCUCCUCGACUGCUUCAACAGGACCAGUGCCCUACAAGGAGUAGCACCUGCCUUCAUCAUCUGCUCGGGCUCCCAGCCCCAGGCCCUGCGGAGGCUGGCAGACGGACCCACACCUUGCGAAGGGGACAUCGAGGUCUUCCACGAGGGACGGUGGCGGGUGCUGUGUGACAGCCGGGUGCAGCGAGCCGAGCGGGGCAGGAGGCUGUGCCAGGAGCUGCAGUGUGGGAACCUCUCCUCCAGCACUGAGAUCCACGACCCCCCUUCCAUGGGCGUCACCUGCAGCGUCCCCAACCUGCACCUCUGCCAUGCGAACCUCGGGCCCCUCCAGACCUGCUCCAGGACCAGAGUUGUGUGCCAGGACUCAAAGCCACAUCCAGUCAGCCUGGCUGCAGGCACCAUCGUGAGCAUCUGCCUGGCCCUGCUCCUCUUUGGCAUCCUUGUGCUCAUCUGCGGUCCUCCUGCCUACAGGAAGCUGAUGAAGCGAAUCUCCAAAAAGAAGCAGCGCCAAUGGAUUGGCCCCACGGGACUCAACCAGACGGUCUCCUUCCACCGCAACAGCACGGUCACCCUGAGGUCGCGGUCAGAGGGGCAGCGGGCGCAAGGCGGGGACAAUGACUAUGCUCAGGCCCCUCAGAGGAGCUCCCAGUUCUCGGCUUAUCCAGCCCUGGAAGGCAGGUGUAGACCAUCCCACCCUCCGGAUAACUCCUCUGAGAGCGACUAUGACCUUCACUCUGCCAGCAGAGUGUGACCGCCCUGCCCUGGUCCCCAGACGAGCCACCCCUGUGGACCACCCCGUGCUGUCCCAGGGGGGUCACAAAGCUGUGCAACUGCUCAACUUGCGGCUUUUCUUGCAUUUUUGGGAAGAGUCUGCCUUCCCUUCAGCAGGCACCUUCCCACCCUGCAGGCAGAGGUGGGCUGCAGCACAAGGAAAGGAAAUCUCUUAGGAAGGAAACCUGUCUUCCAGCACAGGAAAGAAAUUGUUGGAACGAGUCCGGAGAAGGCCACGGAGGUGAUCCAAGGGCUGGAGCACCUCCUGUCCGAGGAGAGAGUUGGGAUUGUUCAGCUUGGAGAAGAGAAGGCUCCAGGGAGACCUUAGAGCACCUUCCAGGACUGAAAGGGGCUCCAAGAAAGCUGGGCAGGGGCUCUUGAUCAGGGAGUGCAGGGACAGGAUGAGGGGAAUGGUUUUCGCCUGAAAGGAGUGAGAUGGAGAUGAGGUCUUGGGGAGAAAAAUUUUGCUGUGAGGGUGGGGAGGCCCUGGCCCAGGUUGCCCAGAGCAGCGGUGGCUGCCCCACCCCUGGAGAUGUUCCAAGGCCAAGUUGGAUGAAGCUCUAAGUGAGAUCCAGUGGGAAGUGUCCCUGCCCAUGGCUGGGGAUGGAACUGGCUGGGCUUUAAGGUCCCUUCCAACCCAAACCAUUACAUGAGUCUAUGAUUCUAUGAAAUUUUGAGCACCCCACUAGAGUGAAAGAUGCCCCUGGGUUGAACAAGGUGAUCUUUGAAGGUUCUUUCCAACCCAAACCCUUCUGAUUGUAUGCAACACUGAACGGAGCAAAGCUAACGGACAAGAUGAUGGAUCCCUGCGCUGCUCACCACAGAAGAAAGCCUGUCUGCAUUCCCUGAGCGCGAUGGGAGACCUCUGGGGCCACAUCCCUCCAGAAUCGGAGCCCAACUCCACUCGCGGGGAGCACCAGGCACGCAUUGAUCAGCUUAUCUUGGCUUCGGCUGCACCCCAGGCACCUUUCUGAGAAAGCUUCCCCUUGCUUUUGAGCCCCUCUCCUGGGCAAGUCCGAGGUGGGGAGAGUUUAAGCUAUUUAUAUGAGUCUAAGAGGUUGCAGAAGGCUUCAUACCUGCCCUGAGAGUGGAGCUGCUACACUCACAGGGGUUUGCUGGCUUCUCCGUCUCUCUAAAUUGGGAUAACCACACUCUUCCUCGCCACCCAGGCUGGGCUGAAAGCGAAACUGGCUGCUGUCCGCCAGGUGCUUCGACGCCGGGGUCUGAGAUUCGCGAGAAAGGCUGAGAGACCCCACAUCUGCC